GCUGCAUUAUUGUUUGUUAGUUUUGCUAUAACUUUUGCUGUUUGGUUCUUGGUUCGUUGUUGUCUUCUCGCUUAUAUAAACAAAAUAAUCCAGUCCUGUCCUAGAAAUGAUAAAUACAUAACAACAGUGAGUUCCUGCGGAACUAAGUUCAUCUGGGGCUGCACCUGCGCAGGCGUGUGAAAUGUUCAUCACUUCCUCUGGGCCUUUUCAGUCGUAACUUUCGAACUCUUUUGGGGAUCGGCUGGGAAAUGUUGGCUCCCCUGGGCUUUAGCUGUCCGCGAUGUCUGCUCCUGAGGCGCGGCGGCGAGCGAUGGGCCUCCUUGGCUCGCCAAUUGGCGGGCAGCAGCUCCCAGGACCCCAAUGCCACUAGUAAGGAUGCCACAAAGGACACAGCCUCCGAUAGCACAACCUCGACCCAGGAGACAACCGCCAAGGCCAAAGACAAAAACACCAAGGGAAGAAAGAGACUCAGGAAUAUUGAGAUACCUCCCGAGCCCACCACUUGCUGCAUGUCUGGAUGUGCCAACUGCGUUUGGCUGGACUACGCCCAGACUCUGGCCAAGCUCCUGGGCGACAACGAUGAGGAGGCCCGCGAGAUUGUGCUGAGCAAGAUCACCGACCCGAACCUGAAGAUGUUCCUCAGCCUGGAGCUGCGCCAGAUGGCGCGCCAGCGGGAGGAGAAAGCAGCUGCGGAGAAAGCAGCCAAGCAGGGGAAGCCAAAGACACCGCCCUCCAAGUAGUACAAAUGUCUUCUCCCCAUUAUCUAAUUAUCUAGUUAGGACCAAAUUCGUAGUAGCUCAAAUUUACUGAUGUACUUAGUGUCUAAGAACUGGAAAACCUCACAAUAAAUAUGUAAGAGUUCUGAA